GGUGGCAGGGGCUGCAGGAGCAAGGGACCAGCAGCAGGACUGGGGACAGGCCUGAUCGCCCCUGCACGAACCAGACCCUUCACCACCCUCCCGAUGACUACCUCUCCUACCCUGCAGCUGCUGCUGCGGCUCUUGCUGUGGGGGCUGCUGCUACGGAGGGCGGAGACAGGCUCUGAGAGGCAGACGGCGGGGGAGCUGUACCAGCGUUGGGAACGGUACCGCAAGGAGUGCCAGGAGACCCUAGCAGCCGCGGAACCGCCCUCAGGCCUCGCGUGUAACGGGUCCUUCGAUAUGUACGUCUGCUGGGACUAUGCUGCACCUAACGCCACUGUCCGUGCAUCCUGCCCCUGGUACCUGCCCUGGUACCGCCAUGUGGCUGAAGGUUUUGUCCUCCGCCAGUGUGGAAGUGAUGGCCAGUGGGGACUUUGGAGAGAUCAUACACAAUGUGAGAACCCAGAGAAGAAUGAGGCCUUUCUGGACCAAAGGCUCAUCUUGGAGCGGCUCCAGGCUAUGUACACUGUCGGCUACUCCCUGUCUCUCGCCACACUGCUGCUAGCCCUGCUCAUCUUGAUUUUGUUCAGGCGGCUGCAUUGCACUAGAAACUAUAUCCACAUCAACCUGUUCGCGUCUUCCAUGCUGCGGGCGGCGGCCAUUCUCAGCCGAGAUCGUCUACUGCCUCAACCUGGCCCCUACCCUGGUGACCAGGCCCCUGCACUGUGGAAUCAGGCCCUCGCUGCCUGCCGCACGGCCCAGAUCGUGACCCAGUACUGCGUCGGUGCCAACUACACGUGGCUGCUGGUAGAGGGCGUCUACCUGCACAGUCUCCUGGUGCUCGUGGGCGGCUCCGAGGAAGGCCACUUCCGCUGCUACCUGCUCCUCGGCUGGGGGGCCCCCGCGCUUUUCGUCAUUCCCUGGGUGAUCGUCAGGUACCUGUACGAGAACACGCAGUGCUGGGAGCGCAACGAAGUCAAGGCCAUUUGGUGGAUCAUACGGACCCCCAUCCUCAUGACCAUCUUGAUUAAUUUCCUCAUUUUUAUCCGCAUUCUUGGCAUUCUCCUGUCCAAGCUGAGGACACGGCAAAUGCGCUGCCGGGAUUACCGGCUGAGGCUGGCUCGUUCCACACUAACGCUGGUGCCCCUGCUGGGUGUCCACGAGGUGGUGUUUGCUCCCGUGACCGAGGAACAGGCCCGGGGAGCCCUGCGCUUCGCCAAGCUCGGCUUUGAGAUCUUCCUCAGCUCCUUCCAGGGCUUUCUGAUCAGCGUCCUCUACUGCUUCAUCAACAAGGAGGUGCAGUCGGAGAUCCGCCGUGGCUGGCACCACUGCCGCCUGCGACGCAGCCUGGGCGAGGAGCAGCGCCGCCUCCCAGAGUGCGUCUCCCGGGCCCUGCACUCCAGCUCCGGCCCUGUAGAGGUCCCUACCGACCGUGCCUUGUCCUCGGGUACCCUCCCAGGGCCCAGGAAUGAGGCCAGCCAGGUGUUAGAAAGUUACUGCUAGGGGGCCGGGUCCCUGUAUCUGUUCAGUUAGCAUGGAUUGAUUGAGUGCCUACUGCGUGCCAGGCCCAGUGUGCAGGGGGAAACGGUGAAGGAAACAGAAAAACAGGUCCCUGCCCUCCUGGAGAUGACAACUGAAUGGGGAAAAGACCGUGAACACAAAACACCAAGUUCCGCACAUGCUGUGGCAUGGUUAUGAAGGGAAGUGAGAAGGGGGCCUAGAGAGGUCUGGGAGGCCCUCUCCAAGGAGGUGACAUUUAAGCCAUGCCAGAAGGAGGUGAAGGAGAUCACGUUGGGAAGAGCUGGAGACCAGGAUUCUAGGCUGAAGCAACAGCAAAUGCGAAGGCUCUGGGGCAGGAAGGUGCUCGGCCUCGGCUGGAGUAGAAUUAAGUCAGAGCCAACGGAUGGGGAGAGAGAAGUGGGCAGGGGCACACAAGUUAGGAUUUUAUUUCAGAUGCACUGGAGAUUCUUAGGAGUGUCUCUUGGAAGUAAUAUUUUAUUUUAUUUAUUUAUUUUUUAA